GCUCUGCCCGAGAUGAUUGGCAGACCUCCUAGACCAAUAAAAACCAUGAUGGAAAAAACUCGGUAAUCAUUUAUUGGAACUCAAAGGGACUGAAAGGCGGGCUUUGUUGAUACUUUUGGCAACGUUAGCCACCAAUCAAGAAAGGAGGCGCUCUCGAAUAUGCUGAAAUAGAACCCGUUUGACCACAAUAGCCGAUGGCGGCGGCGGCGUCCGGGCUGCUAGCGGAGGCGGACGAGUUCGAAGAUGCGCCUGAUGUGGAGCCGCUGGAGCCGACGCUGAGCAACAUCAUUGAACAGCGAAGCCUGAAAUGGAUCUUCGUCGGAGGGAAGGGCGGCGUCGGCAAGACCACCUGCAGCUGCAGCUUAGCUGUGCAGCUUUCCAAAGUACGUGAGAGCGUUCUCAUCAUCUCCACUGAUCCUGCUCACAACAUUUCAGAUGCCUUCGAUCAGAAAUUUUCCAAGGUUCCCACCAAAGUAAAGGGCUAUGACAACCUUUUUGCCAUGGAGAUUGAUCCAAGCCUGGGUGUGGCUGAGCUUCCAGAUGAAUUCUUUGAAGAGGAUAACAUGCUAAGUAUGGGCAAGAAGAUGAUGCAGGAGGCAAUGAGCGCCUUUCCUGGCAUUGAUGAAGCAAUGAGCUAUGCUGAAGUGAUGAGAUUGGUGAAAGGGAUGAAUUUCUCCGUGGUGGUGUUUGACACAGCACCCACAGGGCACACAUUACGGCUACUCAAUUUUCCCACCAUUGUGGAACGGGGACUAGGUCGCCUGAUGCAGAUAAAAAACCAGAUCAGCCCCUUCAUAUCACAGAUGUGCAACAUGCUUGGCUUGGGAGACAUGAAUGCUGACCAACUUGCCUCCAAGCUGGAGGAGACUCUCCCUGUUAUCCGCUCAGUGAGCGAGCAAUUCAAAGAUCCGGAGCAAACUACGUUCAUCUGUGUCUGCAUCGCUGAGUUCCUCUCCCUGUAUGAAACAGAGCGGCUUAUCCAGGAGCUGGCCAAGUGCAAGAUUGACACCCACAACAUCAUAGUCAAUCAGUUGGUCUUCCCUGACCCAGAGAAGCCCUGCAAAAUGUGUGAGGCCCGGCACAAGAUCCAGUCCAAAUACCUUGACCAGAUGGAAGACCUCUAUGAAGAUUUCCACAUUGUAAAGUUGCCACUCCUCCCCCAUGAAGUUCGAGGUGCUGACAAAGUCAACACUUUCUCAAGUCUGCUGCUGGAGCCCUACAAGCCACCCAGUGCAAAGUGAAACCCUGUGGACUGGCUCCCAUUGAUUCCCGUGUCAACUAUUCCAUGCCUGCCCUUCCCCACCCCUUUCCUGUUGGAACUCCACCCCUUCCAGUAGCCUCGUUUACCUCUUGCAAUUGUGUGAUUGAUGGGCUUGUGGUAGGGUUGGAAGAGCAGAAAUUUGGAGUUCCCACUUGUUUCUUUCUUGAUGCUGUUACUUCAUGGGAUGUUCUAAAACCAGCCACAACACUGAAUCUUUCCCCCACACUGACCAGCUAGCUAAUUUAAACAUGGGUUAUGUUCUCUUUUGUCACUUCUGCUUUUCCUUUCAUCAUAUCUCCUGGGAUUUAGGCCUGUUUUAUUGAGGCCCGGUCAAGGGCUGUGGUGAUAGGCUAUCACUCUGGUUACACCAAGGCCAUCAAUCCUAACCGGUGGUAUGUAAAUAAACUGCAAGGGAAACUAGUUUACUGCUGUACUUCAAUCAGGCCAUAGUUUUCACUUCUGGUGGCAGAUCUCAGCAGAAUGUGGAGGACAUAUGGGAGUGCUGUCAAGUGUCCUUUGUAAUAAGGGAAGAUUAAAGCAUCUUUGCACAUCUUCUGCUUGAAAGAUUUCUUAGGGCUAGAAAGGCAUUAAGAAUGAAGAUUCUUGUCCUUGAAUUACACUUUAGCUUUUCCCAGAAGUUGACCAGAAGUGUGGAUUUUGAAUCUUCAUGAACCCUUAACUUUGCAGGACCUAUACAUGGUUUUCAAGUUCCAUAUAGCUUCAGUAAAUAUUAUAUGAGAGACCCAUGAUCAGAUCUUCAGCAAUCUAUAAUUUUAAAACAGCCAUGGUGUAACCUGAAGUGGGACAGGAGAAGUCUCCUGUAUGGAAACAGCACAGGGAGAAAAAUAUUUUCUUCCCCCAAAACUAAUAGAUGUGUUGGAGAGAAAAGAUGAGCACCUCAGUAUAGUUUUAAUUUGGUGACUAUGGAGGUUCUCAUAAAAAUCCUUCCUUCAAACCAUCAACUAUGUUGUAAUUCAGACUGUAAACUAAUACUUAAUGAACUAACAAUUCUGCAUGGUAGCUGAUGGCAGUAUCUCCUGUUAACGGUUAAGUGUGAAGAAUGUGUGAGGGAGCUAGAAGCACACUAUACAAUAAAGUAUUAUAUAUACAGCUCCCUUUCUGAUUGAAGGAAGAAACAAAUAAGAUUUACACAGGGUGUAUAUUUAUGUCAGAAUGAAUAUCUAUUGAGUAUCAAAACAAGUGAGUCUCCGGUAAUAUUUACAAACUAUGUUUUCAUGUUUUUCCUAACUUACUGUCUAGGAAAAGAUAGUCCUGCUGGCCCAAACUAGGCAGUAUGGGACAGCUGUAUGUAUUAAUUCACUUCUGCCCUGCCUGCGUAUGAGGCUGGGGUGAUUUUUUUUUCUUUUUGCAUAAAGCACAUUGGGGUGUUCAAUAUUGCCCCCUCCCCUGACACCUCACUAUCUUUUGUUGCUUGGUGCAUUUUUGCUUUCAGCCCAGUUCUGAUAUGGUGCAAGCAGGCUGAGGAGAAAAGUGCCCCAUCCACUGCUCCUUUAUGGUUGCAUAUUUCUGGAGUGAAAGGUAGUUCGGAACAGAUACGUGGGAAACCUACAACCAUUGUUCUGAAUGGAAGUGUGAAGGAAGCCACAGCUUGAAACCGGAUACGCUAAGUUUGUGACUGACAGGAAGGUUGAUAGGCUGUUUGAGCAGGAUGCUCAAGCAUCAGUUGAAUUUUUCACAAAUUAGCCGUUGAGUUUGACCUUGAAACCUUCCUUAAGAGUUUUUUUCCUGCUGAAAUGUUUCUGCAUGUGAAUCUGUCACAAGAUCAGAAAUGGUACAUUAGUCAGGCCCCCGACUGAAAGAGCUCAACAGUUAUUUAAACAUAAGAGAAUCAAUAUUUACAAAAACUGUUUGGAGCUGGGCGCAUCCCUGUUCCAGUUACAAAGAAGAGGACACAGGAGAAAUGACUUAUGAAAAGAACAUUGCACCACAUUUAAGAAGUAUAUCAUCCAGGCAGCUCUUAUUGCUGCCAACAGGAUCUCUCUAAGGCCCUCAGCCAAGGGGAAAAGUUGAACAGUAGUGGACUGGAGCCCAAGACUCUUAUGUUUCCAGGAUUCCUACCAUUAAGCAAAAGUGUAUAUCCAAUCAACAUGUUCUGCUGCAUGGACUCUUGUUCGGUGACCCAGUAGUUGACCUUCAAGAGUCAGGAGUCAGAAUGUUUUCCUAGUCUGUCACUUGCUCUUACAAGAUAUCACUACAGUAGAAAUGUGCUAUCCAAUUGUUGUUCCUGGUGUCUGUGGGACUUAAGGGUCGUGAUCCUUGUGGUGUGUUAAUUUAGGAAUCUGAUUUAUAUCUAAUUAAGUAGCCUUAAAUGCAAAUGAACCUUGUUUUUUCUAUUAGUGUGCUACUCCCCAGUUUUCCUAUUGAAGUAUUUCCUGAGAGAUUAAACCAAAGUGACUUCUGAA